GGAUGGGCUGGAAACGAUGGCGAACAGUGACAGCCUGAUGUCUAUGAAUAGAUGGCUUGCAUGGUAGCUCCCGUGACUGCCUGCGAACGUGCAUCUAUUUCUGUGGGGCUCAACAAUACUCUUAUAUCCCCAGGUCCACAUGAACAUCGCGAAGUCGAUUCAUGUACCUCCCUCGAUGCACUGGGCGCAGUCGCUGCGCAGCCGACAAUGCGGUACCGCUCAGAUGUUCCCCCAGUCCAUGGGACGAGAUCAUUCGAAUCGUCUGGCCGGAUGACCCUGGUAAUGCGGCAAGCUGGUAGCCAAGAUUGCUGUGGUUAUUCUCGAUGAAUUGCCCCUCCGUAUCACCACAUAUCACCUCAAGUCUACGCAACUUCUUAGAUCUUAUCCCUGAUCGAAUGCUUUCUAGGUUCUCCGUCUACUUCUCCCGCCUCCCUCAUGAUAUUCAUUUAUCCAGGUAUCUUACACGGUUGUUUCUCCACACGUCCCAUCGCUUCUCGACGCAAAAUGCACUUCGCUCCCGAAUAUAUGUCGAAGAACGUC